AUGCCAACCCAAACCCUCAGUCAUCACACUGCCAACCCCAAACCCUCAGAUCAGCCACCCACACCUGCCAAACCCAACCCUCAAGAUCAUCCACCCACCCUGAUGCCAACCCAACCCUCAAGAUCCCACCCACCUGCCAACCAAACCCUCAAGAUCAUCCACCCCACCUCAACCCAACCCUCAGAUCAUCCACCCACCUGCCAACCCAACCUCAAGAUCAUCCACCCACAUGCCAACCACCCCUCAGAUCAUCCCACGCCUCCAACCCAACCCUCAAGAUCAUCCACCCACCUGCCAUCCCCAACCCUCCAUUCAUUCCACACCUCCAACCCAACCCUCAAAGAUCAUCCACCCACCUGCCAACCCAAACCCUCAAGAUCACCCCCACCUGCCAACCCCCAACCCUCAAGAUCAUCCACCCCCUGCCAACCCAACCCUAAGAAUCAUCCACCCACCUGCCAACCCAACCCUCAAGAUCAUCCACCCAUGCCUGCCACCCAAAACACCCUCAAGAUCAUCAGCCGAAACCCCAACUGCCAACCCAAAACCCUCAAGAUCAUCCACCCACCUGCCAAACCCCAACCCUCAAGAUCAUCCUCCCACCUGCCAACCCACCCCUCAAGAUCAUCCCACCAACAACGCCUGCCAACCCAACCGCAAUAUCAUCCACCCACCUGCACAACCCAACCCUUCAAGAUCAUCCACCCCCAUGCCAACCCAACCUCAAGAUCAUCCACCCCACCUGCCAACCACCCCAAUCAAGAUCAUCCACCCACCUGCCAACCCAACCCUCAAGAUCAUCCACCUGCCAACAACCCUCAAGAUCAUCCACCCAUCCCUGACCAACCCAAACCGCCCUCAAGAUCAUCCACCCACCUGCCAACAACCAAUCAAGAUCAUUCACCCACCUGCAACCCAACCCUCAAGAUUCAUCCACACACCCUGCCAACCAACCCUCAAGAUCGCCACCCAUGCCAAACCCAACCCUCAAAGAUCAUCACCCACCUGCAAGAUCCUCAUCAUCCACACCUGCCAACCCAACCCUCAAGAUCAUCCACCCACCUGCCAACCAAACCCUCAAGAUCAUCCACCCACUGCCACCCAAACCUCAACCACCCACCUGCCAACCCAACCCUCAAGAUCAUCCACACCUGCCAACCCCAAACCCUCAAGAUCACCACCCACCUGCCAACCCCAAACCCCCCUUCAAAAAAAAGAUCAUCCACUACCAACCCUGCCACCCACCCUCAAGAUCAUCCCCCACCUGCCAACCCAACCCUCAAGAUCCUCCACCCACCCUGCAACCCAACCCUCAAGAUCACCACCUGCCAACCCAACCCCUCAAGAUCAUCACCCACCGCCAACCCAACCUCAAGACCAUCCACAUGA